CGAACACAUUUACCGAGCGUGCAGUUAAAUAGCGUAUGUCAGGAAGUAAUAAGAUAGUCAACUCACAUGUUCGUGGAAAAGAAGCACCCAGAACAAUGAAAAACAGAAAAAAGACAAAUAAUGGGGUCAAUAGGGCCAAAUUCAAACCUGGAUCUAAGAAGAGGGAAAAUAAAUGCGUCGUCAUGUUUGACGACAAGGAGCGAGAGGAAUUUCUCACUGGUUUCCACAAGAGAAAAGUGGAAAGAAGGAAAGCAGCUGUCGCUGAAAUACGCAAGAAGAUCAAGGAUGAACAGAAUAGGGUCCGAGAAGAGAGGCAUAAAGAAUACAUGAAAAUGCUGAAGGAGCGAAAAGAAGUGCUUGAGGAAAGUGAAGAUGAUCUGGAAGAUGUGAUCACCAAUACAACAGAGUCUGUUCAGUAUGACCAUCCAAAUCACACGGUAACCGUGACUACUAUUAAUGAUCUGGACCUCACCACCAAUCACCUAUUUGAACAAAUGACAAAAAAGGUCAACGGGAAGAAAGAAGAGAACGAAAAUGAGGAUGAAGAGGAUAAACCCAAGACCAUGCCGAAAAAAGCCGGGGCUCCCAUCUUGAACAAAAAGAUCCGCUCGCUGACCGCCUCACUCAGUGCAUACACCAGCAAGGGGAAAAGGAAAGGGAAACAGGAAGGCCGAAGCAGACGAGGCCGGCAGGCAGACAAGAAGACUGACAAGAGAGUCGGCGAGAGCAAAAUCAGCACCAAGAAGACCAGCAAGCGGCAGAGGCGACGCUUAACCGGGAAGAAGCAGCGUCAACAAGACUGAAAGAGCAACUUUUCUGGGACUAUUUGGGCUGAGUAUGGAGCAGUGGUUAGCAUAACUGCAUCACAGUUCUGCUCAGUGUGCGGAGUUGACAUGUUCUCCCCGUGCUCGCAUGGGCUCUCGUUUGAGUACUCCGGCAAACUGUGCAUGUCAGGUUAAUUGUAAACUCUGCAUCGUCCUCAGGUGUGAAUGUGAGUGAAUUGUUGUUCAUCUGUACGGUAUGUGCCAUGUAAUUGGCUGUGUGAACGCUGCCUUUGCCCCAAACUCAGGUGGGAUAGGCGCAAGCAGACCUGAGACCUAGCAUAAAAGUGAAUAUGUAGAAUGUAAACUGCAACAAAAGAUGUGCAGAAUGCUUUGCAUGAAUUUGCCCACACCACUUUGUCAUUCUAGUGACGACCAAUUACAGUAAUGUAACCACAUGCUCCAUUUUGACCAGCAUUGCCAGGGAGAUAUUACUUGAAACAACAUUUUUGAUUGUGGUUGGAGUUUUCUGAGCUGGACAGGAUCAUGUCAUUUCAAGAAUGUUGACUUUUGACAUUACAUAAGUAAUAAAAAGUUAACAUUUAUUGGAUCUCAUUACACUUGUGCUAGUGUACCAAAUGUUUUGGCCGGUCUUGU